GUACUCGCCGCUCCACGCGGAGAGAGGUGUGCGGCGUCCGAGCGGCGCGGUCUCGCGGCUCCGGGGCAGGCCGGCGUGCCUGCGCGCUCGCGUCUGCGGCCCCGCGGGCCUUCAGUGGCCGAGAGGCCAGGGUUUUUUUUUUUUUUUUUUUUUUUUUGGCAGUGGCCUGAGGAGCUCGCGGGCAGCCGCGCAGCGCCGUACCCCGGCCUCACCAUGUUGGUCCUGUUCGAAACGUCCGUUGGCUACGCCAUCUUUAAGGUUUUGAAUGAGAAGAAACUUCAAGAGGUUGAUAGUUUAUGGAAAGAAUUUGAAACUCCAGAAAAAGCAAAUAAAAUAGUAAAGCUAAAACAUUUUGAGAAAUUUCAGGAUACAGCGGAAGCAUUAGCAGCAUUCACAGCUCUAAUGGAGGGCAAAAUCAAUAAGCAGCUGAAGAAAGUUCUGAAGAAAAUAGUAAAAGAAGCCCAUGAACCUCUGGCUGUGGCUGACGCUAAACUAGGAGGGGUGAUAAAGGAAAAACUGAAUCUCAGCUGUAUCCAUAGUCCUGUUGUUAAUGAGCUUAUGAGAGGGAUUCGAUCGCAAAUGGAUGGUUUGAUUCCUGGGGUAGAACCACGUGAGAUGGCAGCCAUGUGUCUGGGAUUGGCCCAUAGCCUGUCUCGAUACAGAUUGAAAUUCAGUGCUGAUAAAGUAGACACAAUGAUUGUUCAGGCAAUUUCCUUAUUAGAUGACUUGGAUAAAGAACUAAACAACUACAUUAUGCGGUGUAGGGAAUGGUAUGGCUGGCACUUCCCUGAGUUAGGGAAAAUAAUUUCAGAUAAUUUGACAUACUGCAAGUGUUUACAGAAAGUUGGUGACAGGAAGAACUAUGCAUCUACCUCUCUUUCUGAAUUCCUGUCAGAGGAGGUAGAGGCAGAAGUGAAAGCAGCUGCAGAGAUAUCCAUGGGAACAGAGGUUUCUGAAGAAGAUAUUUGCAACAUUCUACAUCUGUGUACCCAGGUGAUUGAAAUUUCUGAAUAUAGAACCCAGCUAUAUGAAUAUCUGCAAAAUCGCAUGAUGGCCAUCGCACCUAAUGUUACAGUCAUGGUUGGGGAGUUAGUGGGAGCACGGCUCAUUGCUCAUGCAGGGUCUCUGUUGAAUUUGGCCAAGCAUGCAGCUUCUACGGUUCAGAUUCUUGGCGCAGAAAAAGCACUUUUCAGGGCCCUCAAAUCUAGACGAGACACCCCUAAAUAUGGGCUCAUUUAUCAUGCUUCUCUCGUAGGCCAGUCAAGUCCCAAACACAAAGGAAAGAUUUCUCGAAUGUUGGCAGCCAAAACGGUUUUGGCUAUCCGAUACGAUGCUUUUGGUGAAGAUUCCAGUUCUGCGAUGGGAGUUGAGAACAGAGCCAAAUUAGAGGCCAGAUUGAGAAUUUUGGAGGACCGAGGGAUAAGAAAAAUAAGUGGAACAGGAAAGGCCUUAGCAAAAGCAGAAAAGUAUGAACACAAAAGUGAAGUGAAGACAUAUGAUCCCUCUGGUGACUCCACACUUCCAACUUGUUCUAAAAAACGCAAAAUAGAAGAGGUAGAUAAAGAGGAUGAAAUUACUGAAAAGAAAGCAAAAAAAGCCAAGAUUAAAAUUAAAGCUGAAGUAGAGGAGGAGGAGGAGGUGGUGGUGGAGGAGGCAGAGGAGGAAGAAGAACAGGUAGUAGAAGAGGAGCCAUCAGUAAAGAAGAAAAAGAAGAAGGAUAAAAAGAAACACAUUAAGGAAGAGCCGAUUUCCGACGAAGAGCCAUGCACCAGCACAGCAAUUCCUAGUCCAGAGAAAAAGAAGAAAAAGAAAAAAAAGAAAGAAGCUGAGGAUUAAUGGAAAGAAACUAUCAUUCUGUCACCUGGAUACAUCAUGCUUAAGAUUAUGAGCAUAUCAGAUGCUCUUUAAAAUAAUCAAGGAAGGUUGAGUCAAUCCAACAGUGAUUAUCUGUAGCUUCUCAAACCUUUUUUGUGUCUUGACAUCAGCUGUUAACUAACCUUAGUCUUUGAUACACAAAUAAAAAUAUUUUCUUUGUAUUAUAA